ACUGUCUGUGGAUAAAACAGCCCACAGGCAUUCCCUUCUUUUAGGUCUACGAUAAAGGGAAUCUUUCCUUUUAGCUAAUUAUGCUAACAAGAAAUGCUUCCGCUUUCUCACAAUCUCAUUUGAAAGGAAGUCAGAAGUACUGUACCAUGCCUUUCUUUUUGACAGGGGUGCAGAUCACUGCCUAAAAAUUUGUGGCGUUUCCCCUCACUUUACUACUAUGUUCCAAAAUCCUUUUGUAAUCAAAGGGUUCCGUGGAAUUAGUGGUCUUUAAAAAAACUAAAAACACAUCUUUUAAAAGAGGAGGGUUUUUUUAUGCCGACCAGUAAAACCGAAUAUGAGGCGUUCGGCGGCUCCAAGUCAACUGCUGGGGAAUUCGGCCAAAAAGCCAAGAUUCAUACCUCCAGGAAAAACUAAUACAGUGCAUCUGAAGAAAGAAUCUGAUCACACAGACCAAGAAAUUAAGGCAACUGAGGUGAAUGAGCAACUACACAAUGAUCUCACAGCUAUAAACAUUUGUUCUAAACCUUGUGGCUUCAAUGCUACAGUGACUCUGAAAUCUAACAGAGGAUCAUUUCCCCCUUGCAAAAAUAAUGGAGAGGAUUGUCAUUUGGAAUCUGGAGUAAAAUCAACAUAUAGAACUGAAACAGGUCCGGCACAGAUAGUGACAAAAGAAAUAGCAAGGCAGCCAGAAGUGCAGGAAGAGCCCAGCUGCCUUAUCAAAUACUUCAGUGUUAUGUGGUGUAAGGCCUCCAAGAAAAAACACAAGAAAUGGGAAGGCGAUGCUGUUCUCAUUGCAAAAGGGAAGUCUGUGAUACUGAAGGACAUGGAAGGCAAAGACAUUGGAAGAGGCACUGGAUACAAAAUCAAAGACCUGGAAAAUCUUGAUGAAGGUCAAACUUUGAUGGUUGGAGGCAAAGAAAUUGAAGUGAUGGGUGUAAUUCUGGAAGACAACUUCAAAAGUGGCAAGUGUUUUCAGUCUGGUGUGGAGAUUCCAGUGGAUGUUUGGAAUUCCUCACAAACUGCUGUGAAACCAUUCUGUAAUCCUCUUAAAAAUGUCUGUAAACUCAGCACUAAAGGAAAUUUGCUCAGAGGUUCCCAGAACUGCAAACCACGUCACGAUCCAUGUGCACCAAAUUGCUUAGUCAUGCCACGCCCAGCUCCAAAUCAUCAACGAAUGUUCAAUAAGUCGGGUCUGCCAGUUGUGGAUGUUGUUGUGGACCCACACAUUGUAAACCAUCUUCGGCCACACCAGCGAGCAGGAAUUCUAUUUCUUUAUGAAUGUGUAAUGGGAAUGAGACGGGCCAUGCGUGGCGACGUGGUAGGAAGGAGGCGAUUGGCUGUGAUGGUUAAGACUAGGAGGCGGAGACAACUGAGAUUAUUAGAUGGAGAAGACUUUCUCUUUAUUUAUAAGCAAGUUCUACUAUCCAGUUUUAAAGAUGUUAAUCAGAAACCUGUUUCUAGUGAGAUAAUGAGCGGUAGAUUUGGAGCUCUUCUUGCAGAUGAAAUGGGUUUAGGGAAAACUCUGCAGUGCAUUUCACUUGUCUGGACUCUCCUGCGUCAGGGGCCAUACGGAUGCAAGCCUAUCAUAAAACAGACACUGAUAGUUACUCCUGGGAGUCUGGUGAAGAACUGGGGGAAAGAAUUUCAAAAAUGGCUUGGAAGCGAAAGAAUCAAGGUGUUUUUAGUUGAUCAGGAUCACAAAGUAGAAGAGUUCGUCAAUUCCCCCCUUUAUUCAGUCCUGAUAAUUAGUUACGAGAUGCUUCUGCGCUCUUUGGACCAGAUUCAGAAGACAGAGUUCAACCUUGUAAUCUGUGAUGAGGGACAUCGUUUGAAAAACACCUCCAUUAAGACAACCUCUGCCCUUGCCAGCUUGUCUUGUGAGAGAAGAAUUCUUCUUACUGGUACUCCGGUACAAAAUGACCUUCAAGAAUUUUAUGCAUUAAUAGAGUUUGUAAACCCUGGAAUACUUGGUCCUUUGUCUGCAUACAAAAAAGUGUAUGAGGAGCCUAUUAUCAGGUCACGAGAGCCUUCAGCAGCAAAGGAAGAAAUUGAACUAGGAGAGAAAAGGGCCGCGGAGCUUGGACGCCUGACUGCACUCUUCAUUCUUAGAAGAACCCAAGAAAUCAUUAACAAAUUCCUCCCUCCAAGAAAGGAGAGCAUCCUUUUCUGCCGCCCAACAGCACUGCAGCUUGAUCUCUAUAGAAGACUGCUGAGCUCUCAGGUUGUUAGAUCUUGCCUGCAAGGCAGUCUAGAAAACAGCCAGCACUUAAUAUGUAUUGGAGCUUUGAAGAAACUUUGCAAUCACCCCUGCCUCCUCUUCAAAAUGAUAAAGGAGAAAGAAUGUGAUUCCAGUUGUGAGCAAGAGAAACUGAACCUCUAUGAGGGUUUGCUGGAUAUCUUUUCUCAAGAAUAUACUCCAGCUUCUUUCUCAGAGACUGACUCUGGGAAAUUGAAGGUGCUGACAGAGCUGCUGGCAGCAAUUCGGGAAUACAGCCCUUCAGAAAGAGUUGUGGUGGUAUCAAAUUACACCCAGACAUUGAAUAUACUACAAGAGGUGUGCAAACGCUAUGGAUAUUCCUAUACAAGACUUGAUGGCAACACUCCCGUUGCUCAAAGGCAGCAGAUCGUUGAUGGUUUUAACAGUAAAUUCGGCCCAGCGUUUAUCUUUCUUCUCAGCUCCAAGGCUGGCGGUGUAGGCCUGAACCUUGUUGGAGCAUCCCAUUUAAUCCUAUAUGAUAUUGACUGGAAUCCAGCCACAGAUAUUCAGGCAAUGGCCAGGGUGUGGAGAGAUGGACAGAGGCGUACAGUGCAUAUCUACAGACUGCUGACUACAGGUCUUCCAUAUUACAAUUGCACAAUAGAAGAGAAAAUCUAUCAGAGGCAGAUCAGUAAGCAAAGUCUUUCUGGGGCAGUUGUUGAUUUUUCCAAGGGAUCUGAACACAUCCGCUUUUCUGUUGAAGAACUUAGAAAUCUCUUUAUACUGCAUGAAGAUUCCAACUGUCUUACCCAUGAUCUGUUGGAGUGUACAUGUAUGGGAAAGAAAGAUGAUCAUGGUCCUUCAGAAAAGCUUUCUGUUCAACGAGAUUGCCAGCUUGGCCAAAGUAAUGGGAAAUCUGUCUCCAAAAAGACCCUCUCCAUGUCACAGUUGAUGCAGUGGAAACACUUCUCUGGGAAGCAUGAGAAUCUUCCUGAUCCCUUCCUUGAAAGAAUAAAAGAAAAUAUUACAUUCAUUUUCCAAAAUAUGACCAGUUGAGUGAUGUCACCUAAGCAGGGCAAGUUAUUUUGUCCCUGGCCACAAUAUACUUUUGUUCACUAGUUCCCAUCUUCUUCAUGUAAAAGGAAGUAAUACAAUUGUUUGGAGAACUAUAGUCUACGUAGUAAGGAUAACAUUGUAUUAUUUUUUCAUCUUGAAAAUAAAUUUAUGGCUGAGGUGGGGAAAAUACCUUGUUUGGUAUCACUUAUGCUAACAGGCAACACAAACUUAUAACAUCUUACAUUUGAAGCUUAAAUUCCUGAGAGCUUCCUUUUCAUCAUGACCAGAAAAGAUGUACAGACAAUCCUGUUUUCUCCAGCAAUAAACUUGCAUUAGGUGCUCACUACUAACA